AUGUACGAUGAUUCUUAUUAUGAUAACCCGUUGGAGAGUGGGCAGCCGACGGUGCUGGUUCCGAUUCGGGCCCUGAUUUCGCCGCACGAUUGCCUGGAUCUCGUCUACUGCUCGACGCUCGUUUUUGGGCAGACGGCGCUGGCCAGCUUCACCCCGCUCUUCACCCUCCCAAUAUUACACGCAGCGUCGCAACUCGUCGAUCUGGGCCUGGUUUUUAUGAAAAUCUUCAAGGGAUAUACGUUAACCCAAUUUUACGAUCCAAUGAUCACCCCAUACUUUUUGUGCACGUUCGUUGUGCAAAGCCACCUGGUUAUAGCGAUUUUGGUGAAUGUUGUCCGAUUAGUUGGCGAGUGGAGGAAGCUUGACGAAUUUGAGGCGGUGCCUUUCCAUAAUGCGUUGAUCCUACUCUUUGCCGGCAUCAUCCCGGCCGCCUACGCUGUCAGCUUCAGUUUCAAGUUCCACUACAACAAAAAUGUAUACUACGCCUGGACAGGCGUAGAGCUGUUCUGGCUAAACGUCGAGUUUUGCCAAAUCUGCUGCAUCGCUUAUGCCACUGUCAAAUGCCUCCAAAUCCCUGUGGAUUUGUGGAAACGCGACUGGGAAGCACUUGUUGCAAAUAGUUUUUUAUUAAUUUUACCGGCAGGUAUAUGGUUUUCGAUGCCGAUUGAGGAUAAGAUAAUCGACUAUCCCGGGGGAGAUUUUGCCAAUCUGGUGCUCCUCUUUCCCGUAUAUUCCGUCUUUGUCCUUAUUGCUGCCCACAAAUUCGGGGAUGCUGAGGGCUGGGGGAAU